GCAUGGACGUCGUCUAAAAUUUUAGACGAACGUCAUUUUAUUGCUUUACAAAAGUGCAAAUAAGUUAAAGUAAUAAGAUAAAUAUAUAAAUCUUAUAUCAAUGAUCUCAAUAUUUUAGUUCCUAUGUGAUAAACGAACAUUAAAAAGUAUUUAUACAGUGUUAUAUGCACCGAAUAUUGAACUAUAUUUUCACCCAGGUUAUAUAUGUUUGCGGUCUUGCGGUACUUUAUACAUUAGUGUUUGUCUUUUUGCUGCAUAAAAUGAAAACAGAAUGAAGUGCCACUACGAAGUUCUGUGCAUAGCGCGCGAUGCAAGUGCAUCUGACAUAAAAAAAGCCUACCGCAAACUUGCGUUGCAGUGGCAUCCAGAUAAAAACCUAGAAAACUUACAGGAAGCGAAAGAACAGUUUCAACUUGUUCAAACUGCCUAUGAAGUGCUUUCUGAUCCUCAAGAACGCGCUUGGUAUGACAAUCACCGUGAGCAGCUUUUGAAAGGAGCAGGAAGCUCAUACAAUGAUGACAGCCUUGAUGUUUAUCCCUACUUUAGUCCGUCCUGCUACAAAAGCUUUGGAGAUGAUCCACAAGGAUUCUAUGGAGUUUAUUCUGAGGUAUUUUCCAAAUUGGCCACUGAAGAAACAGAUUUCCUUGAUGAUCCUGAAGAUCUUGCUAAAAUUCCCAAGUUUGGAAAUUCCACAACCCCUUAUGAAGAAGUUCAUGAAUUUUAUGCAUAUUGGAUGGCCUUCUCUACCAAUAAAAGCUAUGUUUGGCUUGAUCAAUAUGAAAUAUCACAAGGCGACAACCGUCGUGUUAUUAAAUUAAUGGAAAAGGAGAAUAAUAAAAUAAGACAGAAGGCUCGUAAGGAAAGGAAUGAAGAGAUCAGAAGACUAGUCAGUUAUGUUCGUAGACGGGAUAAAAGAGUCAUUGAACAUACUAAGCUACUACAAGAGAAGGCUGAAGAAAAUAAGAGAAAGGCAGAACAAGUGAGACGUGAAAGGAUAAUUCAAAGACAAAAAGAGAUAGAAGAGGCUAAAAUGAAAGAGGGAGGUUCUUCAUUUUUGCAAAGUGAAGAUUAUCAGAAAAAGUUGAGUGAAAUAGAAUCUUUGCUAGCUGAAGAGUUUGGCCUUUCUUCCGAUGACGAUACUAUCUCUGAAGGAGGAAUGGAGAGUAGCAAUGAAGACAGUUCUAAGACGGAAGAGCCAAGUGAAGCAUCCAGAGCCACAAAAUCUUCACCAAAAGCGAGAGCUGCACUAAAAAAUCUCUACUGUUCAGCUUGCAAUAAGCUGUUCAAAAAUAUAAAUUCGUUUGAAAAUCACGAAAAUAGUAAGAAACACAAGGAGAAUGUUGCAAAUAUGACUCUUGAUGAUGAUGUUGAUAUAUCUGACCAAGAAGAGAACAGUGAUGGUAAAAACGAUGAUCAAGUUGAUGAAGAAAAGGGCAAGAUAGUUAACGGACAAACAGAAGAUGAACAAGUGGGAAAUUCUACUUCUGAUAUUGAAGACAAUAUAAGGGAGACUUUAAGUGAUGAUUCAGAUAAGGUUCAGGCCCUACCAAAGAGUCACAAGAAAAAGAAGAAUAAGAAGAAGUCAUUCAUUCCAAUGCCUGAAAGUGAAGGUAAUGAUAGUCAUGAUGAAAUGAGUUUCAAUGAAAUAGAAGGGCCGGCACGCAGCAGAAAAGCGAAGAAAUUCAAUAUGCUCAAAAGUCAGAUUCAAGCGAAGAAGGAAGCCAAUCUCAAGAAGGGUUCACAGUCACAGACAUCCACUGAAAAUCUUUAUGAAGUGUCCAGUACUACACCUACUGAUGAUGCUCUAGGAGAAGCUGCUCUACCAAGAGAUAGGCCUACUUUACCCAAAGUACAAAGAAAUGUAAAGCCUAAAAAACUAGUUGAUAGGAAAACUGUACGGACAAAAGUAAGUGAGACAGAGGACUCCAGUAGCGCAGUUAAUCUCAGAUGUGUUGUUUGUCAAACAGACUUCCCAUCCAAGAAUAAACUCUUUGAACAUUUGAAAAAGACAGGCCACUCUGUCCCACUUCCUCAAACUAGCUUCACUCAAACUCAAAAGAAAGGCAAACGAGCCAAUAGAUAAACAUCAACGUUUUAGUUAGGAAUAAAUAUGAAUUAUUAUCUGAGAAUCAUAAUGAUUUUCUUUAUCUCUCUACAAAAUGUAAAAUGACUAUCAUUCUAUUUAUUAAAUAAAAUUAUGAAUCAUCAAACUAUAACUA